AAAGACGCGACGCGCUGGUUCGCAGUAGAUAGGGGUGUCAUCAUCACACGCGCGGAGAUCAGAUUUCACUGGACGAUCCGCGUCUCUCGCGCAGGCCCACGGUAACGACAAUGGCGACUGGAAAAAUCACUCACCUUUGUCGUUUCCUCUAAACAUCAGCACGGAGAAUGCGCUGCUCGGGGUGUGACGCUGGAAACAUGCGCAUUUAUAUCCUGUGAAUAAUACUAGUCUGUCGGUGGUCAAGCGUGCGCGUCACGGCAGCCUUAAUAAUAAAGGAUUGAAGAUGGCGGAGUUUUCUCCGGUGCUGCCUCCGCUGCGGGAUGAUGGAGGAGGCGGACGGUACGGACAGCCGCUGUUUCCCAGAUCCAGGUCCGGUUCGGAGUCGGACAGCGAAUUGUCGCAGAGUUUGGCCCGCACAAAGACGCGCUCGUACGGAAGCACCGCGAGCGUCACUGCGCCGUUAGGAGAGAAAUACAUAGAGCACCGGGUAACGGACGGGGACACUCUGCAGGGCAUAGCGCUCAAAUACGGUGUUACGAUGGAGCAAAUUAAACGGGUCAAUAAACUGUUCAGCAAUGACUGCAUAUUCCUCCGAAACACACUGAAUAUUCCUGUUAAGUCGGAAAAACGCUCCCUCUUUAACGGACUGUCUCUGGAGUCACCCGACAGCAAGGGAAGCACGCCUCAGGAUUCGCCGUGCGUGAGUCAGGACGUGGACGCCCCGUCGCCUCCGCCGGAACCGGCCGCCCCGGAGCCCAACACCCGACCCGUGCAGGCGGAAGAGCUGUCCGCUAAAGACUACUUACACCGGCUGGACUUACAGAUCAAACAGUCCAAACAAGCCGCCCGCAAACUGAAAGAGGACGGCGAGAGAGAGGAAGACGACCUAGCAAACUCAACAUCGUCAUAUCAGGAGAUCUGACGGAUUCUUCUUCAUCUGUUGACCUGCAGCGCUGACAAUGACCCGUAUCAUCACUCUUUUGCCUGCUCAUUUUUACUCUACCUGUAACCAAACUGCAACACCGGACCAUACGCCGUACAUUGUGCUGAAGGUCCGUCAUUGCCUUCUUAAGCAGUAUUAUAGUGAUUUUAUUUCUAUUUUUAUCAUCACUGUUCCAUCUCCCAUAACAGUAAAGAAGCUACAGCCGAGUUCAUCUUCUUUAGGAAGAGCAAUAGCCGUCCACAUGUAGAUGACAAACGUAUAAUAACCGACGCUCAUAUGAAACACUAUGUCUGCAGUCCGUGCAGCAACGUAACCUACCACAGAUAAAACAACCCGGACUCUGUGUGGCUGCCUGCUGAUUUUAAGUUAUCAUUUUUUGUUUUGUUUGCCUAUAAAAGCUUUAUGUGUGGGGUUGAAAGGGAUAAAUAAUGCUGUUUUGGUGUGAAUGUUGUGUUUUUCUGUGUUGGGGUUUAAUAAAAAUAUUUUACUGUGCUGUUUGAUUUGGAUUAUGCAGAAUAAAUGCUUCUGUGAAAUGA